GCCAAGGUGACAGCGAUAGCAUCGGCCCUCCACCUGGGAUUCAACGUGCUGUGGCUGGACACUGUCUUCGUGGGCUGGCUCGCCAGCCCCUACCCCUACCUGCACGCCCUCCCCGCCAACCACAGCCUCCUGUUCAACCCCCUGCUCCCUCCACCUUCCUCCCUCCCCUCCUCCUCCUCCUCCUCCUCGUCCUCGUCCUCUCUCCCCCGCCGGCGCCUGCUAACCACCACCACCACAGCAGCAUCAGCAUCAGCAGCAGCAGGAGCAACAUCUACGCGGCCCAGCAAGUCCCGAGCAGCGCUGGGGUCAGCGGACUGGCACGGGCUGCCCGGUGGGAUGGUGUUUGCCCGCGCUCUCCCCCGCGUGCUAGAGCUCUUUGAGGACAUGGUCGCGCUCCUCUCGCCCCCCCCUUCCUCCUCCUCCGCCUCCUCACAGUCCUCCGCCCCCCCCACCUCUCCUGCAUCUCACUCCUUUGCUGAGCUCCUCUGUGGGCCUGCUGCCAACUCUUGGACACCUAUGGAUGCUGCUGCUGCUUCUGGUUCUUCUUCUUCCUCCCCCUCCUUUGUGUGCAAACGGAAUGCCGGGGCUCAGCCGAUAUUCGUUAGUUUUCUCAACCCUGCAGGAUUCUUACACCCAUCCCCUGCCUGUGCGCCUCCUGCUGCUGCUGGUGACACGGCAUCAGGAGGAGGAGAAGGCACUGGAGCAGCAGCAGCAGGGGGGAUGCCUACGGUUAUACCCAAAGGCACAUGGCUGGUGCCUCUAGUGUGCCCCGAGCAGCAACAACAGCAGCCAAGAUUAGGGGAGGUGGGGAGCGGUGCAGUGACAAUGGCAGCGAUAAAAGCGCGCAUUGACGCCCUUCGGCUGACGGCCUUUGACCCGCGGUCACGGGUGUGUGCGCGGGUUUGGACGGGGCCGUUCCUGCAAGCUAUGGCUACGGGAAAGAAUUUACGGAAGAAGAAAAAGGCGAAGAUGAAAAGCAGACAGGGAGAUGGGGGGAAUGAGCGAAGGGUUGGAUGAUUCGGGUGAUGGUGAUAGAUGGAUGGAUGCUAGGGUUGGAUUAGCUCACCACCCUUGAGCUGGCUAUUGGCAUAAUUAUCGAUGCUUCUGAUCUCACUCUUGCAUUAUAGACUGUCAAUUCUGAGUUCGGACUUGUACUCAUUUUUUAAUUCCUUAGCUACUGCGUAC